CUACUAGACACUGAACAUUGUUCUAAGUCACCUGACUUGUGUAAAAAAAUCUACUUCCAGCUUAGAAGUCUCAAAUUACAAAAUGGCGCGGAUUACAUAUUUCACUUUGAUCUUUUUCAUGUUAAAAGAAAUAAAAGGUGGAGAUCCUUUCGAAGACACUUUGUCCACCCGUUUUGAAUGUUACGGUAUGGAACAACCUGGUUGCACUACUGACUUCAUUGAUGCACGUCCUAAACUGGCAAUGUCUCAUAACAAUAUGACAAAAGCAACUACGCACAUAUACUUAUUCACUCCAAAUAACGUAGAGACCCCCGAGCUAUUCCAUAAGUGUCCCGACGCUGUGCCUCCAAAAACUCUUUUCAACCCAAAAUGCAGAACCGAUAUAUUAAUACCUGGAUUCGUUUCAGGUAUAUGCAACUUUGCUGUUUUUCGAGAAAUAAAAAAUGAAAUGUUGAAAAAAGGUUGUUACAACAUGCUUUUAAUUGACUGGAUGUGGGGAAAUACUUUUGAUCCACAGGACACUUUUUACAACGCCAAACAUGUUGCUAAACAAGUUGCUGCUGUAAUAGAUAUUUUGAAGGAAAAGUUUAAUCUCACCCAUAAAGAUUUUUCAUGCACUGGUCAUAGUUACGGAGCACAUUUAUGUGGAUAUCUAGGGCAGGAAACCCAUAUUUCAAUCAUUAACGCUCUUGAUGCUAACGGCGUCCUUUUAACCCAGUUCACGCCAUUAGAUGACAGACUGGAUCCUGGAGAUGCAGAUUGUGUUCAAGCCAUUCACACGAACGACGGCCAAUGUCUUCCCUUCCUUGGAAUAAAUUAUACAAUUGGCACAGUUGAUAUAUAUUUCAAUGGAGGAAAAAUACAGGAAGCGUCUAUUGAGACAACAAAAAAUGCUUUUCUCAAAGGAGACUUUGUUUUCGGUAUCAAUUCCAUUUUCACCGGGAGUCAUCUUCAAGCUUUAGAAUAUUAUAAAGCAUCAAUUAACGCAGACGAAUGCAAAUUCAUAGCCGUGAAAUGCAGAAACUAUGGAUAUUUCAAAAAAGGCAGGUGUGCCAGUUGCGGAAAAAAAGGCCAAAACUGCAUCUUAGUCGGCCCAGACUUCUGUGACUGCGUUAGUCCAUCCUUUUUGAAUAGAAAACGCACUCGAAAGUAUUACUUGGAUACGGACGACCAUUGCCCAUAUUGCAACAAUUCCAAAGUGGACAUUUCUGGAUAUCACUGCGAGACAAAAUACACAAGUGUUUGAUCGCUACAGAGUUGGCUACAUUAUUCAUUUUCAAAUAAAUUAGAAAUUGAUUUUACUCGUGUAAUUUACAUCUAGUAGAAUUAAAUUUGUAUCCAAAUUGUAGUUUUCGAAAUUGCUCGUAAAUAUGUAUAAAUAAAAGUAA